AUGGAAGACAACGAUGAUGACUACUUCUCCGAUGACUUCGAUUCCCUGCCUCCAGGUACCUUGCACCAGCUGGAGCAGAACGCCUUCCAGGCCACCCAAGCGCCUGCGACUCAACAAUAUGACCAGUCGAUCGUGAAUGAACCCGUUCAAGCUCGUCCUUCCACUCGCACGCCCGCAACAUUGAAACCGCCGCCGCGACUACACACAGGAUUGACAAAUGACUAUGAUACACUGGAGGUGGGAGAAUUGGAGGCGGAGAUCCACGACAAUGUGGACGGACAGUCCGUACUUCCACAGGACCACCAUGUUCUUAUCGCGGACAACGAGUGGUCCGCCAAUGGUGGAAUGGGCGAUGUCAUGGAGGUGGAUGAUGAGUAUGGUCAAGCAAAUGCUUACGAGCUAAACGCACGCCUGGAACAGAUCGAGCAAGAACGAGAACAAAUGCGCCGCGAGCUCGCCGAGGCCAAAAUGCUAGCAGAAACGAAAGCUGGGGAAAUCGCCAUUAUCCGGUCAAAACAGACAAGAAUGGCUGAAGAGUACGACCGGCAAUUAGUAGCGCUACGAAAGACAAUGACGGACGAGGCCACUAAACACAGGGAAGAGGUUGAGGCGGCAAUGUCAGAAGGAAAAAUGUUAGCGACAGAGAACAUCUUCCUCCAGCAUGACCUAGCCGAGGAAGCUCAUCAGCUCCGCAACUACAAGACCAAGCACCAAGCUGAGGAGAAAGCCCCGCCAAUGACCCCCAAGAAGUCCCGAGUACUACCUUUCCGCGAUGGGUUCGAUGAUGACGAGAUUGCCGCCGUUUCUCCCAGCAAAUCAGCUACACGAUCAAAGAGAGCCACACCCACAGUCCCUGGUAAACGGAAACGACAAGCAAGCGUGGAUAGCGCGCCUGCGCUUCAAUUGAGUCCGGCUGGGGAAAUGAUGAUGGUCGACGCACCAGACGACACUGCCGGGUCUUCAUUCGAAGCGGAGCAUAACUUACCAGGGAGAACCUACGGCCGUGAUCAUCAACUUAUUAAACGACUUCUCAAUCAUCGCAUGUUUCCUGGACAAGAAACCGAUCUCGAAGCAUUGACCAAAUAUUCGUUCCCCUCAGAGCCGAGUCGACCCCUAUCUAGCAUUGUCAUGGACCAGUUAGUUAAGUUAGAUCUCGACCAUUACUUGCUGGAUUACAUGUACGCCAUAGGACCUCUCUGGCAGCGAGCAUUAACAGAGCGUUUCUAUGAUCCGGUACCUCGGUUUGCGUCAAUUACCAGAUACAUCUUAAUGAUGGAUGAUGUUCCACUUCUAGACCUUAUCGCUCCUUUGGUCGGUGUGCUUCAGGAUUCUGUCGAGGUCAAUGCGGUGCCUCGUUUCCGUUAUUCUCCAGCUGCACGAGAAAAAGCCCGAGUGGUUCGACAGACACCACAAUCCGAUCUACAGCCGGUUGAUUCUACUGAGGCUCUACGCUUGCUCUAUCAUAUGGCCUGCGAACUUUUACAUGUCAAAGGCGCACUCGAGGGUCUAUGGAGGCAUAUAAGGCAUACCUUCAUCCUUGUGAUGUUGCACGGCUCCCAGCCACUGAAGGACAUCAUGCUGGUUCUGCAGCUACUGUCAACUAGUAUCCGCCCAGAUUCAUUCGGUCCUAUAAUGUCCUCUGAGCAAGAGCAAACAGACGUGCAACGAUAUAUUGUGGAUCGCCUCACCCACAUGUUGAGUGAAUCCGCGCAACCAGACGAGGGCGUGGAGCCUUACACAGCAUACGACAUUUGUGCCAUGCGGUUGGAGGUCCUGAUUUUGCUAGAGUCUCUAUCAUUCAACCCUACAGCCUCAGGCCAAGAGCACGGCAGCAGUAUCAUCGCCGCGCAUCCCAAUGCACUACCACGACUAUUCCGGUCAAUGCAUGACGAGCUAGACGCUCUAUACUCGUCUCCGCCUGAGCACAAUCUGCGAGUAGCCCUAGUCAACGGACUGAUGCGAUUGAUUUUCGGUGUGAUGCGGCGCCAUGGGCAAUUCAUUAACAUGCAAGAGAAGCUGGCCUGUGUGCCAGGAACUAAGCAAAAGCAUCUAGUGGUGCUUACCCGCCUUGCCUUCUGCGACGGGUCUGUUCUCGAGGCUGGCAUUGAUGAUGAGACUGUUGACAUGGCGCACGAGUUACUGGAGGAGUGGACGAAUCCGCAAGAAGCGGAGUCUCUGGCAGAAGCAUUCCCGAGUUCGAGGCGGGACUAA